AGAUUAACUCCAACUCUUGCAGUGAUGAUAGCAUUCGAAAGUACAUGGUUAAUUCAUUUGGGACAAGGGCCAAACUGGGACAUGGCUAUAGCUGAAGAACACAGAAAUUGUCGAAAAAAUUGGUGGACGAAUAUAAUAUACAUGAAUAAUUACAUCGAUAGUAAUAAUAUGUGUCUUCAUCAAACUUGGUACCUUGCUGCUGACACUCAACUUUACACCUUAUCCCUAUUUCUACUGAUGCUGAUGUGGAAGAAUCAAGACAAAAUAAAGAUAAUUUUGGGAAGUUUCAUUACUUUAGGACUGCUUGUACAAGGAGCAGUUGCAUUUUUCAAAAACUAUGAUAUAAUUAUUCGCCAAUAUGCAGAAGUACUCUAUGAAAUGCGUGGCAUCAGGGUUGCAGCCUGGUUUGAUUUAUAUUGUUCAGGUUAUUCAAAUAUUACUGGCUACGCAAUUGGACUUACGUUUGGGUACAUGUUCUAUAAGCUCAGAAAUAAAGUGUACUGCAUUACGAAGAAGCAUGUGAUACUCUGGUGGUUACUGAGCUUCGGAAUAUGUAACUUCAUCAUACUGAUAGCAGCUGUGAUGUAUCAUCCUGGCUACGAAAGUUCCCGCUUGGCAUCAGCUUUAUACUGGGCGUUUGGAAAAAAUAUUUUUGCGCUAGGUGUAGCUGUAGGGAUAUUCGGAUUCACAAUGAAAAUCGGAU